AUGCAUGCUCUUCAAUACAGUGCAGAUAAGUUGAAGUUAUACCUCCUGAAAGCAAUACGAGAGCAAGGAACAGAUACCAACCGUGUUGAGCAGAGGGCAUCGGAUCAGACCGAGGAAUUGCAGUCCCAGCACUCGAUCGAUCGUUUCUUGAUUCCCAUGACCCUCGAAGCAGCAAAAAUCAAGUCAUUGCCGGACAGCGCAUACUACAUUCCUGAUUUCAUUACUGCGGAGGAGGAAGAGCGAUUGCUUCAAAAGAUAAAUUCCGUCCCUCUCCCCCGCUGGACCCAGCUCUCCCACCGCCGUCUCCAGACAUGGCCGUCGGCACUCACCAAAUCCAACAAGCUGCUCGCAGCGCCGUUGCCAGCCUGGCUGGUGUCACCCAUCAUCACGCCGCGAUUUGACGCUCUCGGGUGCUUUGCGGACGCUCCCCACGGAGCUCCGAACCAUGUUCUCAUCAACGAGUACCAGCCCGGCCAGGGCAUCAUGCCACACGAGGACGGAGCUGCGUAUUAUCCGCUCGUGGCGACGGUCAGUCUCGGGGCGCCGAUUGUGCUGGACAUUUAUGAGAAGAGAGAUCCUGAUCGUCCUGAAGAAACAUAUACACAUGAUGACAACAGCGAUGAUGAUAAUAACAACGACAGGCAAAGAAGAAAACCCAAAUUCAGAAUCCUGCAAGAACCGCGCAGUCUGCUGAUCACAACCAAGGACCUGUACACGAAGUACCUCCAUGGCAUCGCGGAGCGUGAAACGGACGAAGACCUAGGCCCCGAGACGAUCAGCAAUUGGGAUCUGCUGGGUGAGAAGGACCGGUAUGCCGAAACCGGGCGGUACACGCGACAGACCCGGAUCAGCCUCACGUAUCGGGAUGUGCUGCAGGUGGCUAAGAUAGGGAAUAGUGUUAAGUUUUUGACGGGUGGGAUGAAUAAAUAG